UUGGCUACUGCAGGCGGUGGCAGGAUGACAUAGGGGGACUACUGGAGUCAGCAGCCAAAGCUUGGAGAAACUGCACCUCAGACAACGGAUUUUGGAGGACACAGGAUACCUGGGUGAAUUGUCAUGACGACAGAACCAAAUUCAGAGUCCAGCGCGGACCAGCAGGAGGCCAGUGCGGUUCCACUCCUGGAGGCGGACUCUUUCCCCCCGGCCGCCGCCCACAGCACGCCUGUCAGGAAGAAGCAGAAAGGUGAGAGAGCGGAGGGAGGCGUGGUCCCAGAGGAGAAUCAGCUUGAGCCAUCGCAGGUGGAGGAGGACAGGACCUCACACAGGUCAUCCACCAGUAAGCUGUCCAGGUCUCCCGGUGGAGGCCGGAGCGUCCGCAGCUACAAGACCAUGCAGUGCAAGGUCACCCUGCUUGAUGGCUCCGACUACACCUGUGUGGUGGAGAAACGGGAGAGAGGCCAUGUGUUAUUCCACAAGGUUUGUGAGCAGCUUAACCUCCUGGAAAAGGACUACUUUGGCAUCACAUUCCGGGAUAUUGAAAACCAAAAGAACUGGUUAGACCCAUCUAAAGAGAUGAAGAAACAGAUCAGAGGUGCGUGGAAUAUGGGAGUCGCCUGGAAUUUUUCAUUCAACGUGAAGUUUUACCCUCCAGACCCUGCCCAGCUGUCUGAGGAUAUUACAAGAUAUUACCUGUGCCUCCAGUUGAGAGAUGACGUGGUGUCGGGGCGUCUGCCCUGCUCCUUUGCCACCCACACGGUGCUGGGAUCCUACACAGUCCAAUCAGAGCUGGGGGACUACGAUCCAGAGGAGUCUGGGACAGACUACGUCAGCGAGUUCCGCUUUGCCCCCAACCAGACCAAGGAGCUGGAGGAGAAGGUCAUGGACCUGCACAAGAACUACAAAGGAAUGAUGCCAGCUGAGGCUGAGAUGCACUUCCUCGAGAAUGUGAAGAAGCUGUCCAUGUACGGAGUGGACCUUCACCAUGCCAAGGAUUCCGAGGGUGUUGAGAUCAUGUUGGGCGUGUGCUCCAGUGGUCUUCUGAUCUACCGUGAUCGCUUGCGCAUCAACAGGUUCGCCUGGCCCAAGGUCCUCAAGAUCUCCUACAAAAGGAAUAAUUUCUACAUCAAAAUACGCCCUGGAGAGUUUGAGCAGUUUGAAAGUACAAUUGGGUUCAAGCUCCCCAACCAUAGGGCAGCCAAGAGAUUAUGGAAGGUUUGCGUGGAGCACCACACCUUUUUCAGGUUGGUGUCUCCAGAAACUCCCCCCAAGAAGUUCCUAAAUCUGGGUUCUAAGUUCCGCUACAGCGGGAGAACCCAGGCCCAGACUCGACGAGCGAGCUCCCAGAUCGUCCGCCCAGCGCCCUGCUUUGAGCGCUCCACCAGCAAGCGCUAUAUCAUGUCUCGCAGCCUGGAUGGAGAGAUGGGCUCGGAUCUAUACGGAAGGGCGAAGGGCAUUGCCGUGAGUGACCUCAUCACCACAGUGACACCGGAGAAAAAGGUGGAAGAGAGGAAGGCAGAGGAAGAGGUGGAAGUAGAGGUGCAGGUGGAGGUGGAGGUGGAGGAGGAAGACGAGACCACGAAAGCCACCGAGAUGUCUCAGCCAAGUCCAACCUCUCCCAUUCGACAUGACACCAAGACGGAACUGACUGACACUUGUGUCGAUGGUGAACUGACAGCUACUGAGUCGGACCAAGACGAUGAGUCUGAGUUAAAGACACAGGACACAGUGGGCACGCCAGAGGAGCUGUUGAAACACGCAACCAACAUCAGCGAGCUCAAGAGGUCGUUCCUGGAGACGGGUGCCGACACGGCCGGCCUCACCGAGUGGGAGAAGAGGCUGUCCUCGUCCCCCCUGCGCUCGCUGCGUCUCGACGAAGCCCCUAUGAUCGAACCACUGGAGCUCGAUGAAGUACCGAGCAAAGAGGAUGAGAGAGAGGAUGAGAGAGUCAUGGCUGCAGGCGGUAGCAUUGAGGAGGAGAUCAACCACAGCCCUGUGGAUACUAAGACUACUGUGCCUAAGCCGACCUUUGAGGAGAUGUCCCCGGAGCUCACCGCUCUCUUAUAUUCGGCCCGAUAUCAGACCAGCACGGGGGGUUGGACUGCCUCGCCUGCCCAUAGUCAGGCCCUGCUCAAGACAACAGAGAAGGUGGAGCGGAUCGUGCUGCAGACAGAGGUGGUAUCAUCACAGCAAACAGAAGAGGUUGAGGAUCAGCAGACAGAACAGCCGGCAGAGGACCAGGAGCAGCCGGUGGAGAAACAGCCUGACGGCAUGGAGAAACAAGCUGGUCAGCAGCCUGAGCAGACAUCUGCGCUGGAGUCUCCAGAGGUCCUGACCUUCAACAGGGCAGACGUGAUGGAGGAGACAGAGAUGCUGGUGCCCCAGGACGUACCUGUAAUACACACGGAAAUGAAAACCAUCACAUACCGGUCACUGGAGGGUGACGCUGACACUGAUCCAGAGGCGGGGGUGUUGAUGAGCGCCCAGACCAUCACCUCAGAGACCACCAGCACAACAACAACCACACAUAUCACCAAGACUGUGAAAGGAGGAAUCUCGGAAACGAGGAUCGAGAAGAGAAUCGUCAUCUCGGGGGAUGCAGACAUAGACCAUGACGAGGCCCUGGCUCAGGCCAUAAAAGAGGCCAAAGAGCAGCACCCUGACAUGUCAGUGACCAAAGUAGUGGUCCACAAAGAGACUGAGAUCACGCCCGAGGAGGGAGAAGAGUGACCGCAGGAUUGAAGGAUCACUGGGUUCCCCAACGUUUCAGAGGCAUUCUGUUAACGUUACUUCACGCUCUUCAGAGUAUGAGAUGCAAGCAGGAUAGUGACGUUGCCAACAGACAACACACCACUGUAGAGGACACUACUAUACUACUCUGUCUGACUACUACUGGACUAACCUAACCCACACUCACCAACACUACUGGCAAACACAGACCUCCAAAGCUGGCCAGCCCUUCAAUGGAACAUGUAUACUGCAUGAAAAGGGAUCAUUUCUGCAUUUUGUAAAGGAGAAAACAAAUACAUUGGAGGAAAUAUCAAAUGAUAUACAUGUUUUACUUGACCUGUGCACUCAGGCUCGAAGGGAGAAGAAUGUAUGUCAUGAGAGUUUUGAUUUAUGAUAGUAUACUCUGUUUUAUUUAUUAUUGAACUACAAUAAUAGUAGCUAGGCUGAACGUGUAUGAUGGCACAAUAUUUAUCCAUGCAAUAGAUGUGACAUUCAUCUUACCAUACAUCCCCUUAUUUAUCCCAAUGCUGAUUUUAUUCCAUUUUACGUACAGUAUUGCCUGGAAAAAGGCAAACAUAAUAUGUAUGGUACUGGUACGUACAUUUGCUUAGUAGACCAUAUACCCUCAAAGAUGAUUUGGUUGUUUUUACUUUCAUUGUAAAUAUGUUCAUUUGGUUUUCCUUCAAUUACAAAGUAAGGAUGAGUAUAAUGAGGCAAGAUCUCGUAGAAUUGUGUUAGAAGGGAAUGUUAAACAGACUCCAUUACUGUGACUUCCGAGUUGAUCAAGAAAACUCUUAUAAUAUAUGUAUUCACACGGUGGUCGGUGGAUUGAACGUUCUUGUUGGGUUGUAUCUGAAAUGACACCCUAUUACCUAUAUAGUGGGCUUUGGUCAGCAGUGCACUAUGUAGAGAAUAGAGUGCCAUUUUAGACAGUCUUGCUCAUUCUUAAAUCAUACCCAGAAUGCACCUCUUAUCCCUGCGUGGCACAUCCAAGCCUUAAAACUGUGAAGAACGGACAGACAACCUCCACUACAACCUGCAAUGUAUGUUUUAUUUCUCCAAGGCCGAUGUGUCAGCGGCCAUCCAACACAGGGGCAUCAUGCUCAUUGAACCUGAGGUGACAUGCUCCCCUCAAUGUAAACAACUGGUAUGAGAAUGAAUCAUCAGUAGUGUCUUAUAUAAAAAAUAAGACAUAUGUUUGGUCAUCGGUUCCCCCUCAGAUAUUAGGAGCAUGAUGCCUCUGAUCCCACUCCCCUCGACUCAACAGCUGCAAAAUCAUCCAUGUUGAAUGUGUUUCCCACAAGAUAAAUAAAAUGCUAAAUACA